UGCCCUAUGAGAAGCUUACAUGGCUGAACUCAACAGCUCCAUCAUCCUUCUCCUUGUCGUACUCAUCUUCACCCACCUCUUGUCAUCUGCCAAUGAAGUGUACAACAUCGCCGAGUACGGAGCCAAGUCCGAUGGCCGGACGGACUCGACCAAACCCUUGCUCGGUGCAUGGCAGGCAGCAUGCGGCUCGCCGGGGCCGUCGACCGUCCACGUGCCGGCUGGAUCCUUCUUGGUUCGUCAGGUCACCUUCAAUGGCCCUUGCAAGAGCAGCAAGAUCGUCAUCCGGAUCGACGGCACUCUCGUGGUGGCGUCCGACCUCGGCAGGGUCGGUGAGUGGAUAGUGUUUGAUCACGUCGAGGGGGUGUCGGUGUACGGCGGGACCAUCGACGGCCACGGCGCGUCCCUGUGGUCCUGCAAGGCCACCGGACGGAGGUGUCCCGGCGGCGCCACGUCGCUGACGUUUAGGAAUUCGAAGCGCAUCAUGAUCAGUGGGCUGACGUCAAUGAACAGCGAGCUGUACCACGUCGUGAUCAACGACUGCGAGGGCGUCACGGUCCAGGGCGUCAGGAUCAUGGCGCCGGGCAACAGCCCCAACACGGACGGCAUCCACGUCCAGAUGUCUAGCUACGUGACCAUCACGGGGGCCGUCAUCAGGACCGGCGACGACUGCAUCUCCAUCGGCCCCGGCACCACCAACCUGUGGAUCGAACAGGUCAACUGCGGCCCAGGGCACGGCAUAAGCAUAGGGAGCUUGGGGAAGGGAUACGACGAGGAGGGGGUGGAGAACGUGACGGUGAAGACGACGGUGUUCACGGGGACGGAGAACGGGCUGAGGAUAAAGACGUGGGGGAGGCCGAGCGAGGGGUUCGUCAAGGGAGUGGUGUUCGAGCACGCCGUGAUGCAGAACGUCCGAAACCCCAUCAUCAUCGACCAGAACUACUGCCCCGACAACAAGGGAUGCCCCGACCAGAACUCCGGCGUAAAGAUCAGCCAGGUGAGGUACAACGACAUCCAUGGAUCGUCGGCCUCGCAGGUGGCGGUGAACUUCGAUUGCAGCGCGAGCAACCCGUGCACGGGAAUCGGGUUGCAAGACAUCAAGCUCACGUAUGGAAACAGGCCGGCAGAGUCGUCGUGCAAGCACGCCGAUGGCACUACCUCGGGCUUCGUCGUGCCGCCGAGCUGCAUAUGACGAUGAACUUGAGCUGAUCUACAUACCUACAUAUAUAUGUACCAGGAAAGUGAGGUUGAAGACUGCAAGCGGACUCACGUAGUACUGAUGUCUGCUUCCGAUGACACGUUUGAGUAGAUCCAUGUGUUGAACAGAAACUUCAGAUCUAAUCGUAGUAAAUGGAAAUUAAUGGCGUGCUAUCA